GCUGAGGCCUUCCCCAUGCACUUCAUUCCACCAUCACCAUACAAAAAAUGAGUGAUGAUGCCAUUUCCAAUGGCUUCUCUUUUCUUCUUUUUUUCUUGAGUACCUCACUUGGCAUAUAAAUCUCUUAUCAGCAACCCUGGUGCUCUUCAGUUGCAGCCAUGGCGAGCCAUGCAACUCUUGCCUCCUCCAGAAUCCCUUGCAGCAUGGGGUUCCACUCCAAGACCAACUCACCCUGCUUCACCAAGAGGCUAGAGUUUGCUGAAUUCUCCGGACUAAAAUCAUGCUCGAGCAUCACUUUUGCAGGGCACAGCAGAGAAGCAUCCUUCUCGGAUGUGUUGGCCUACCAGUUAUCUACCAAGGCAGCUAGAGCUGUUCCUCCAAAAGGGGUGACCGUUGCAAAGUUGAAGGUUGCAAUCAAUGGUUUCGGGAGAAUAGGUCGAAACUUCCUCCGCUGUUGGCACGGCCGGAAGGACUCACCGCUGGAGGUCAUCGUCGUCAACGACAGUGGCGGUGUCAAGAAUGCAUCUCACCUUCUCAAAUAUGACUCAAUGCUUGGGACCUUCAAAGCUGAUGUGAAGAUUGUAGACAAUGAGACUAUCAGCGUCGACGGCAAGCCCAUCAAGGUCGUAGCCAAUCGCGACCCUCUCAAGUUACCUUGGGCCGAGCUAGGAAUCGAUAUCGUCAUUGAGGGGACGGGAGUCUUUGUCGAUGGUCCGGGAGCUGGGAAACACAUACAGGCCGGUGCAAAGAAGGUGAUCAUCACAGCGCCAGCAAAAGGAGCAGACAUUCCGACGUACGUUGUGGGGGUGAAUGAGGGAGAUUACAGUCACGAGGUUUCAAAUAUAGUUAGCAAUGCAUCUUGCACAACCAAUUGCCUCGCUCCUUUCGUCAAGAUCUUGGACGAAGAAUUCGGCAUUGUGAAGGGAACCAUGACGACUACUCACUCUUACACAGGAGAUCAGAGGUUGCUAGAUGCGUCGCACAGGGACUUGAGGCGCGCGCGAGCGGCGGCGCUGAACAUUGUGCCGACGAGCACCGGCGCAGCGAAAGCGGUGUCGCUGGUGCUGCCGCAGCUCAAGGGGAAGCUCAACGGGAUCGCGCUUCGCGUGCCGACGCCCAACGUGUCGGUCGUCGACCUGGUCAUCAACGUCGAGAAGAAGGGAAUUUCGGCGGAAGACGUCAACGCCGCGUUCCGAAAGGCCGCUGACAGGCCGCUGAAGGGCGUCCUGGCCGUGUGCGACAUUCCCCUGGUUUCCGUUGACUUCCGAUGCACCGACGUCUCCUCCACGAUAGAUUCCUCGUUGACAAUGGUGAUGGGGGAGGACAUGGUCAAGGUGGUGGCUUGGUACGACAACGAAUGGGGAUACAGCCAAAGAGUUGUCGAUCUGGCUCAUCUGGUGGCGAGCCAGUGGCCUGGAGCCCCUGCACAGGCGAGUGGAGAUCCUCUCGAGGACUUCUGUCAGACCAAUCCGUCGACCGACGAAUGCAAAGUCUUUGAAAGUUAAAAAAAAAACAAGAUACAACACGAUCUCUUUAAUUUCCUUGCAGCGUGGCCGCAAGAAUCUUGUGCUGAAUUUGUACUGGUUUUUUACAUAAUAAAAAACAUGUGUUCUAAGGAUCAA